ACCGACUGUCGUAAUAAGUUGCUACUAAAUCACUUUACGAUCAAAACAACCGUUCCGUUCAAACCGUUCAGUUCGAAGUAACUCAGUUUGCUUGAGUAUAGUAAAAUGACGACUUUGUAUGAUAAACUUGCAACCGUAAUGCAACUUUUAGUAGACGAAGCUGUUCGUGAAAUAAGUAGAAUUAACGAAGAACGCACUGCUGUUUCUGAAAUGGCAUGGCUUGUCAAUGACAGCGAACCAAGAAGCCGGUCAGUACAAGAACCAGAGCUGUUGUCCAUCAUGAAGAGACUGACCAAAGAGGCCAUGGAGAAGAUAAUUUGUCUCAUAUUUGAAGAUACUUCUGCCCUGCACUCGGAGAUGGCUGUGAGACAAAGGGAGAAUCUUCAUCGGGGAACGGAUGAACGGUCGAGAAUGGAAGGAACAGAGAAAGUGCACACCAGUAGAGAUGGAAAAGAGAUCACAGAGGUGGGUUCUGGGUCUGUUUUAGGAGUCCCCUACUACAGUAAGUCCUCAGACAAUGAGAUGGAAAGUCUUCAAUGGAGCAUUCAGCAGGAACAGAGACUGCGACCGGGAUCGCUGACCAAAGAUAAACUCAUGGAGGAGCCCUUGGGAGACAAGGAGAUGGAGACACCGCUGUCAUCGGUAGAACCUCCAGAAACACACCAUCCUGCUCCUAAAUACAGUGUCCGUGAUCACAGAAACAUGGCUCCCACUGCAAUUCAUAUGACCUUGCGACCGAGGAGAUGCAAGAAGAACCAUGUGAAAUCUGGCAAGGCGGCCUCCAACUUAAACUGUGGCCUUUGUGGGAAGGCUUUCAAGAAGCAAAGUCAUCUCAAAGCCCACCGGCUAGUGCACAGUGGAGAGAAGCCGUUCAAAUGCACACAGUGUAAUAGGGGAUUUUCAGCCAAACACAGUGUCAAAGUACACCAACUAGUAGUACACAAGAGGGAGAAGCGAUUCAUGUGCACAUACUGCGGCAAAACGUUUGGCACCCCCAGCCAUCUUACAGAACACCAGGUGGCUUCUAAAGGAGAGCACAAGACCAAAUGUGGUUUAUGUGAAAAGAUACUCCCUGCUAAAUGUAGUCUCAGAGCACACAGAAUAGCAGUCCACAAGGGAGAGAGGAGAUUCCGCUGCAGCCAGUGUGGGAGGGGCUUCGACAGAAGAAGCGACGCGGUGCAACACCAGAGGACGCACAGAGGGGAGAGGCCGUUCGAGUGCGCCACGUGCCGGAAGAGUUUCACAAGUCAAAGGAGUUUAAAAGUGCACCAGCUCACCGUUCACAAAGGGCAGAAACGGUUUAAAUGUAGCAUUUGUGGCAAACGUUUCAGUCAGAGCAGCGGCCUUAGGUGUCACGAAAGGACUCACACAGGGGACAAGCCUUAUAUAUGUGACAUAUGCGGCAGAGCCUUUUCCAUGAAAGGUUCCCUGAAUGUACACCAAAGAGUUCACACCGGAGAGAAAUUGUUGAAUUGCAAGACGUGUGGGAAGAGUUUUGCUUUGAUGGCCAACCUGAAUCGUCAUCAGCAAACUCACACUGGCGUCAAGGCAUUCACAUGUAAGGUAUGCCGGAAGAGUUUCACCCAAUCCAGCUAUCUCAAGGUCCACCAGCGCAUUCACACUGGAGAAAGAGCAUUCGUAUGCGACGUCUGCGGGAAGAGCUUCAACCAAAACAGUUCCCUGAAGGUCCACAAGUUGACACACACGAAUGAGAAACCUUACAACUGCUCAGAGUGUGGGAAGAGUUUCCGAUCUGCUCAGUAUUUCAAACAUCAUGAACGGAUGCACACAGGGGACAUAAAUCACGCCUGCGAGGAUUGUGGAAAGAGUUUUCCGAGUCCUUACGCUCUUAGAAGCCACCGGCAGGUGCAUGCAGGGGGGAAGCACUUGACCUGCGACAUCUGUGGCCAGAGCUACAGCACCGUUCGAUAUUUGAACACGCACAAACUCACACACACGGAGGGGAAGCCAUUUAGCUGCCCUCUAUGCCAGAAGACGUUCGGCACACAGAACAGCCUUAAUCUUCACCAGCGAACUCACACGGGAGAAAAGCCUUUCGUCUGUGAGAUCUGUGGCAAAAGCUUCAGCGUGGCUCACAACCUGGUGAGACACAGCCGAGUUCACACGGGGGAGAAGCCAUUUUCGUGCACCGUGUGUUGGAAGAGUUUCAGCCAAGCCAACAAUCUCAAAGCACAUCUGUACGUGCACUCUGGGGAAAAACCUUACAUAUGCCCCCAAUGUGGGAAAUGUUUCUCCUGUAUGCGGAAUCUAAAGAAACAUAAGUGUGCUGUUGAGCAUAAUGUAUAAUGUUCCAACAAUAAUGUUGGUAAAUUGAGUCUCUACUGAGCUCAAAUACUGUAGCUUAUUUAAUAUAAAAUGCUGUUCAACAAU